AAGUUAAGUUAAGUUAAUUCGAGUUGGUGUUCUUUCAUAAAAAACUGCUUAUGAUAUCGUAUAUUUAUUUUCUUUAAUAAUAACGUUUCAGUGUGACCGCAAACUCAAUUUUUAAAUAAACGUUUCAGGUCACAUUUCGAUCAGCUGUUUGCGAUUUAAAUACACUGAACGCCGGUUUUUGAAUUGUUUUGGUUUGUAAUGUUUACAGACGACGCGACUUUAGGGGAACUCGCAAAAUUAUUGCCACAAUUUGCAGACAUUGAACAUGUUCUGCAGCCACCUGAAGUUGAGGCACGUUACAUACUUAAACGAGCUGCAAAACACUUUGAGCAACUGCAGGCGAACGAAGAAGAUCGCGAGGAACUUGGCUAUCUAGUUGAGGCUUUAGUGGACAAGAGCUGGGAGCGCAUACACAGUGGACACUUUAGUCAAGUGCCGCUGACAACGCGUCAAAUCUAUGCACUUGCCUGCUACUAUAAGAUUUUCUUGCUGCUCUUGAAUAACUCAGGCGUGGAACAACGUGAGCGAUGCAGCGCCAUACUCGAUGAAGCACUGCUGCUGGGCUGCACGGAUAACCUUUAUGGACAGUCCAAUGAAUUGCAAAGUGCACUAAUGAAGUAUUUAGACGAUGUUGAGAGAAACAAGAAUAAUCCCAAGCCUUUGCCAAUUUUAGAGGAAUUGCAGCGCAUUGUUUGCCGUUGUGAUAUACCCCAAUUGGAUGCUCCAAGUCUAAGCGAAUUUCGUGCGUGUUGCUAUGACGCUCUGCAGCCAACGAUACUCCUCAACACGUUGAAUCAUUGGCCCGCUUUAAGCAAAUGGCGCGAUUUGAAUUAUCUGCUUAAGGUGGCAGGCAAUCGCACUGUGCCCAUCGAGAUUGGCUCGAAUUAUGCCAGCGAUGAGUGGUCGCAACAGCUAGUAAAGAUACGCGAUUUCCUGUACAGGCAAUUUGGCGAUACCAAUCAUACCAAUGACUUUGAAGUCGAAUAUCUUGCGCAACACGAGCUUUUUGCCCAAAUUCCAGCAUUGAAGUCCGAUAUUUGUGUGCCCGAUUACUGCAGCGUUAACACAGAAAGUACGACUCCGGUGGACAUCAAAGCAUGGCUGGGACCCAAGGACACUGUCUCACCCAUGCACACGGAUCCCAAACACAAUUUGUUAUGCCAAGUAUUUGGCUCUAAGCGGAUUAUUCUAGCAUCUCCAUCGGACACAGCGAAUCUCUAUGCACACGAGAGCGAAUUCCUGGGAAACACUUCGCAAAUCGAUGCAGCUAAUCUGGACUUCGAACGCUUUCCACUGCUGAGCAGCGUGCGAUUUUAUGAGCUGAUUUUGCAGCCCGGCGACUGUUUGUAUUUGCCGCCCAAGUGGUGGCAUUACGUGCGAUCCAACACUCCCAGUUUCUCAGUGAGUUUCUGGUUUGAAUAGCUCAUGGAUGACGUCAGCGAUAAGCAGUUGAACAUGAUGUGGACUCUGAGCAUGAAUCAUCUGCAUGUAUUUCAUUUACCAAUAAGUUAAACGAGUUGUUUGUUGCGUAGUCAAGAGCAAACCAAAUGUAAAACAUUUCCAAACUACCAGGGACUGUAACGAUUAUAUAUUUUAUUAUAAUAAUUAAAAAAUUAAGAGUUUUAUGGUGAUUUUGGAUAAAUACCUAUUUAAUUGCAGAUUUUAUAAAUCAACUGGCAAUUUAAUAAAGAUUUUACAGAUUUUUGUUAGUCGUAUAACUCUUUCUUUUGUUGCCAUCCCUAUAAAAUACAACUUGGUGCGUGGAGAGAACAUUAACAAUGAAAAAUAUAUGUUAUCUCUGAGAAUUAGUUGCUUUAAUGUAUGCGUACUUAUGUUCACACUUUUUUUACUUAUUUGUUGUUCAAUUGAUAAGUUAUAAUCGUUUGUAAUCUACAUAGAUUUGCAUUGCUGCCUUUUGCCCCCACCGCCAAGUUUCUUUUUCAAGUCUUAUAAUUUUUAAAUAAUUUUCCAUUCCGCCGAUCCUCGUUUAAUCAUCCUUUGUGCCCACAGCGCCAAUUGUGAUCUGCUUCUGCAGUUUGCUGUACUCCUCGGUGAGGCGAUCGUAUUCACGAUUAAUGCUCUCGGCCUGCGACUUGACGGCUUCCUUGUCCUUCUUCUCGCGAUUCAACUCGGAGGUCAGCUCCUGGACGCGUUCGCGCAG